AUGGGUAAGAAGGACAACUCUGUAUUGUCAGUCUAUACUGCUAUAAGAGUAUUCAUCAAGUAAUCAUCAAUCGUUUAAAUAUUAUAAUAAAGGAUUCUUAUCAAUGUAUUCUUCAAGGAAAUCAAAGUUGUAGGGCUAAGUAACAUCGAUAUGAAGAUUAGCUUCCUUGUAGCUUAGAAAGCAAUGAGAACUCCAGUGAUCUCAUGGUUUGCGAAAAAGAUGAAAUGCAUUUCAGUUGAAAGACCUCAAGAUCUAGCCAAAUCAGGAACUGGAAAGCUUAAAGUGAAGUCUGAUAAUGAAAUUAUUGGAGUAGGAACAUAGUUCAAGAAAGAGAUUAUGGCUGGUGACACAAUUAAAUUUAUGGGAUCUAAGAUUCCGGAAUAAAUUGUAGACAAAGUCAUCAGUGAUACAGAGAUAGUACUUAAAGCUCCUGGAAUCAACAUAAUUGAGGAUAGUGAACUUGCUUUUAAAAUUAUUCCUAAACUUGAUUAAACUCAUGUAUAUGAAGCUGUGAUUGAUAGACUAACUCAUGGUUAGAGUAUUGGCAUAUUCCCAGAAGGUGGUUCCCAUGAUAGAACUGAGAUGCUUCCAAUAAAAGCUGGUGUAUCUAUUAUGGCUCUAGGAGCGAUGGCUAGAGAUCCUAAAUGCUAAAUAUCUAUCAUAGCUUGCGGCUUAAAAUACUUCAAACCUCACAGAUUUAGAUCCCAAGUUAUUGUAGAAUUUUCUAGGCCAUACAAGAUCCCUCAAAAUAUAGUAGAAACAUAUAAAAAAAAUAAAAGAGAGGCUUGUGCAGAACUAUUAGCUGAGGUAGAAAGAAGAAUGAAGGAUGUCACUCUCAAUGCCCCAUCUUAUAAAGAACUCUAGUAGGUUUAUAUGGCAAGAGAUCUUUACAUGCCAAGAAACCCAAAAAAUCUUACUAAUGAGCAAAUCAAUGAUAUUCAAUAGAAGUUCUGCAAAGGUUUCAAUGCUUAUAGACACACACCUGAGUUGCAAGGAUUACUAUAGUAGAUUGAUGACUAUGUUAAAGAAUUAAAAGUAUUCAAUGUUCAUGAUUCAGAAGUUAAGCAAAUCAGGAUCAACUUUUUCAGAAUAAUGAUUAACUUCCUAAUUAUCAUUCCAAAGUCGAUUGCAGGUUUGGUAAUGCUUUUACCAUUAGGAAUGCUGAAUAAGCAUCUUGGAGAAAAAGCUAGAAAGGAAGCUCUAGCUGGAAGUUCGGUUAAGGUAGUUGGUGCUGAUGUGAUUGCAACUAAAAAGUUGACCACAACCAUCAUGCUUUAUCCUAUCUUUUGCAUAGGAUUUUCUACUUUCUUCUUUUACUUAACAGGAAAAUUGUAAGUAUUCUUAAAUGUCAUAUAUCCUAAUAGUGAUUUGGAAUUUACCCAAAGAAUAAUAUGGACAGUGGUCUUCUUCUUGUUCUUCCCAGUUUAUUCCUAUUUCUGCAUCCUUUCAAGAGACAUGCUUAUUUAUAACUACUAACUAAUGUAGUCAAGACUCCUGUGUUUAUUCUACACAGAAGAUAUGUUUACUUUGAUUCAAAUGAGAAAGAAUCUUAAACAAAAGGUUAUUGAGCUUGUUGAUAAACUCGCCCCAGAGCUAUUUUAAGACUUUGACUAGAAGAGACAUAUUAAAAGAAGAAAGGGCAGCAGUGACAACUUGGAAACUCAAUAUGAGCAUGAACUUGAGCUCAAUAAUGCAUUCGAAUAGCUCAAGGAAAUAGGUGUUUGA